AUGGCACCACCAGAGCUUGUGAGAGAGUUCCCGGCUAUGAAGCCCCAACUUGUAUUCCCCCCAAAGAGCUAUGUGGACAUUCAGGGGACUUUGGCCAAGCCCAUCGACGUCAUCCACCGCGCAAUCAUCGCUUUGAACGAAGAUAUCGCUAUGUUUGAGGCAAUGGGUUAUCACAAAAGACAUACCGCAGCAAGCAACGAGUUCCUUCGCAGUCUUUGUUAUUAUUCAGAAGUUCUUAUUUUGGAUUCUCUAAUCAAGAUUGAGAGUGAAUUCCAAGCUUACGCUUGCACGCCCGCUUCACGAGCCAUUGAGCCCCAUCGCUCAAUUGGUUCAGGCCUGGCAGAUGCAAGAGUCUCUUUUUCCCGAUUCUUACAUUUCAUACGCCGCGUAUUAGACGAAGCAGGUUGGGAAGUUAGUUGGAAUGCUCCGUCAACAGGUGACAUGGUUCCGACAGCUUGUCCAUACCAGCUACUCUACCAGAUGAUAUGUAUGGAGAAAUUAUCCUCCGCCUCAACUGACCAGAUACCGCGUACCUUCUUAUCUCUGCAAAAGCAAGCGUAUUUGUCACUGUCUCAACUGCCUCCUGGUAUAAAGAGAGUCACUUCUAACGACAAUUGUGGACGGCCCACGAUGAUCUUCAUUGCAGGAACACUCGACCUAUCCCGCAUUGUCUUCGGUGCAAACGAGACUGCAUGGGGUGACUUAACGGCGGUGUCUGCUAUAACCAGAAAAGCACGCGACAUCAGACUUCGACACUAUAUCACACCGGCAAUGCAAGCUUUCCAAGCACUCCGUAGAAAGGAGAUGGAAGCGCUAGCCGAGCUUCAGGGAAAUUCAGGUGGUAAUUUUGAUGGAGCAGAACUUCUAUGGAGGGCUCGUUCAAGAGCGAUGGAACAAAUGAGGUCCGAUGACAGCUUUUUGGGCGGAGAGAACGAGAUGGGGCUCGCCCUUCGCCCACCAUGGUGGUCAAUUAACCAAGGGUGCUAUUUAUGCCAGGGUAUGAUGGGAUAUAAGUCUCCCAAAGUCUGGAAUGAAAAUCAGCGACGAAGGUAUAUUCUCACGUUUGACUAG